AUGGGCUUCUUCGACGAGCAAGUGGGCGUCAAGGUGCCGCAAGUAACCAUCUACUUCUGGAUCAUCAAGGUGCUGGCCACCACCGUCGGAGAGACUUUCGCCGACUUUCUCAACGACAAUGUCGGCCUUGGCCUAGGCGGAACCUCCGGCGUCAUGCUCGUCAUCCUGUUGGCCUCGCUCGCAGCGCAGAUGAAGCUCGACUUCUACUUCACGCCGCUCUACUGGUUUGUCAUCGUUGCGAUCAGUACCGUCGGCACGUUGCUCAGUGAUAACCUCACGGACAACCUCAACGUCCCGCUGGCGGUGACGACCCCCAUCUUCUUGGCGCUGUUGGUGAUCGUCUUCGUUUCGUGGUACCACGUUGAGAAGAACUUGUCGAUCCACAGCAUUUUCACUCGACGGCGCGAAGCUUGGUACUGGCUGGCGGUGCUGGUGACGUUCGCACUGGGCACUUCAGCUGGAGAUCUCAUCGCGGAGCAGCUUGACGUAGGCUACGGCAACUCGCUCGUGCUCUUUGCUGGCUGCAUCGUCUUGGUUGGACUGCUCUGGUGGUUCAAGGUGGUCAACGGAGUUCUUGGCUUCUGGGCCGUGUACGUGCUCACUCGGCCGCUGGGGGCUUCGCUCGGAGACUUGAUGUCGCAAAACCCGGCCGACUCCGCAGGCCUCAACCUUGGCACGACGGUCACGAGCAUGAUCUUCUUGGGUCUCAUCGCAGUGUUGCCCGUGCACGCGGACAUCGAAAAGGGGGAAGCCGUCGAACCAACGUCCACGACGUCGGUCAACCACGAGUUUGCGCCGCUCGCUGACAACACUGGUCACUAG